GAGUGUGCCGGAAGUUCCUGUGGGGGGGGUGCGUGGGACGCCGGUUGUCGGUAUGCUCCGCUGGGCGCGUGCCUGCAGGGCAGGCUACAGGGCGUUCGGUCCUUGCAGGCCUAGCUCCUCGAGGAUGCCCGAAGCACUGAGGAACAGUAGCGGCGGCGGCCGAGGGGACGCCGAGCCGAGGCCGCUGCCGCUGUCCUACAAGCUUCUGGACGGGGAAGCAGCCCUCCCGGCCGUCGUCCUCCUGCAUGGACUCUUCGGCAGUAAAACCAACUUCAGCUCCCUCGCCAAGGCCUUGGCCCAGCGUACUGGCCGGAGGGUGCUGACUGUAGAUGCUCGGAACCAUGGCGACAGCCCCCACAGCCCAGAUGUGAGCUACGAGGCCAUGAGCCAGGACCUGCAGGACCUCCUGCUCCAGCUGGGCCUGGCACCCUGCGUCCUUGUCGGCCACAGCAUGGGGGGAAAGACAGCCAUGCUGUUAUCCCUGCAGAGGCCCGAGCUGGUGGAUCGUCUGAUUGCUGUGGACAUCAGCCCAGUGGCACAUGCUUCCUUGUCGUAUUUCUCUACCUAUGUGGCAGCCAUGAAGGCCAUAGACAUCCCACAUGAGCUGCCCCGCUCCAGUGGCCGGAAACUGGCUGAUGAGCAGCUCAGCCUCGUGGUCCAGAACUUGGCUGUGCGGCAGUUCCUGCUCACCAACCUGGUGGAGGUCAAUGGGCGCUUUGGGUGGAGGGUGAAUCUGGACGCCUUGGCCCAGCACAUGGACAAGAUCCUGGGCUUCCCUCGGCGACAGGAAUCCUACUCUGGGCCAACCCUCUUCCUCGUUGGUGGAGACUCUGGAUUCGUGCAGCCCAGCCACCACCCUGAGAUGAAGCGGCUCUUCCCUCGGGCACAGAUGCAGACUGUGCCUAACGCAGGCCACUGGGUCCAUGCUGACCGCCCACAGGACUUCAUGGAUGCCGUGCAAGGCUUUUUGACCUAAGAGUUGCCCCUGCGGGAGGGGGCAUGAGACCCAGGGCUUCAUGUCCCUGUAUCCAGUUCGGUCUCUCCACACAGAAGGACUCAGGCGGACACUGAGUGGGCACCAGGGUUCAGAGAAAGUCAGAUCUACAGCUUUAAUGAAUAAAGAUGGUGCCCCCAAA